AUCCGGCAGCUGGUGCUGAACUUUGGUGACGCAACGCACGUGCCGCGGCUGGACGUCUUUGACCUCGCGCGCGGCCUGGCUCUGCUUCCGAAUCUCGACGACCUUGUCCUCGCGGGCCUCACUCUUUGGGUCGGCCCGCCGCUCGGGGCGCCUCCGGGCGCUCUGCGCCGCAUCGAGCAGCUCGUGCUCGAUAACAUGACGCUCGACCCGCGCGAGCUGCUGCAGCUCCUGGCCGUCGUGGCGCCGCGCAGCGGGCUCAGUCUCGGGCACCACGUCAGGCUGCGGAGUAAGUUCUGGGUGGACGACGUCCCGCCCGCGGCGUUGCGGCGGCUCGAGAAUGUGGCGUGGAGGGAGCUCGCGAUGGGCUUCUACGAGGGCGGCAAGUACGAUAUGGUCAUGGGCGCGCUCCGGAAGACGCACAUGGCGCGCCGUCUCGGGAGGCUCGAGGUCAACCAGCUCUGGGCGCCUGACGUACCCGCUGUGCGGGAGAUCCUCGCAGACGUGGGCGCGACGCUCCGCACGCUCGCGCUCAACCUCCGGGAGUGUGCGUCUACGCAUGAGUCGCGUCUCGGCUUCGGCUCGGGGUUUGGGUUCGACGUCCUGCAGAAGCUCGAACGCCUCCGCCUCGACUUCGGCAAUCCACAGAUGUCGCACGAGCUGUUUGGCUUCGUCAUGAGAGAGCUCGAGGCCAAGCCGAGUGCGCCGCGACCCAAACUCAACCUCGAGCUGCGCCUCGGCGGCCAGUUCAUCGACCAGAUCGGCGCGUGGGAUGAAGUCCUUGGUGCUGCAAAGGGCUGGAUUGGCUCCAUUCUCCUUAAGGUGAAUGACGGAGAGGGCUGGUGGGACGAUGAGGCCGGCCGGGACCCCACUGCAGAGGAGUGGGACGUUGUCCGCGAGAAGAUGCCUCUGUUCUGCCCAAGUGGACUGGCAUAA